UCUGCGCCAAGUGCCGACCAGUCCCAUAAAAGUCUUCCUAAUCGCUGCCGCCGCUCCUUAUCGCUCGCGCCCCCCCACACCGAAACUUUUUUUUUGUUCCUCACCCCCGUGUAGAGUAGUCCCUGGGCAACAAUUUUCAAAGGGAAAUAUCUUGUUCAAGUCCCCUUCUUGACCGCGUCUUUUUUUGUGCUCCACACUCGGUGACCGCUACGGGGACUCUUUGCAUUGUUACUCUCAAAGUCUUUUGUUAUUGUUCAAUUCGACACUUUACACCUUACGAAUUCCAUUUUCCCAUUCCACUCUGAUUCCAAGACCCAGCAAGCAACAAUGGCCUCCGCAGAACUCUCCAAGAAGCGCAAGCGCGCCGAGCCCACGGCCGCCGUCACAGACGAGUCCUCCGCCGUGACGAAAAAGUCCAAAUCCGAAAAGAAGGACAAGAAGGAAAAGAAAGCCAAGAAGGCCGCCGCCGCCGAAGUAGAACCCGCAACCGAAGGCGGCGAGUUCAUCGCCCUUGAGGAAUCAAAGGCCGAAAAGAAGGAACGCAAGCGCAAGGAAAAGGAAGCGCGUAAAGCAGCCGAGGCCGCCGCCGCCGCCGCCGACGACGAUGCACCAGACGCCGACGCAAUGGACGUUGACCCCCCCGCCGCCGUGACGGAAGAGAAGAAGGCCAAGAAGAGCAAGAAGGAGGACUUGGACGUCAAGACGGAGAAGAAGGAGAAGAAAGAUAAGAAGGAGAAGAAGGACAAGAAGAAGAAGGAGGCCGAGACCGAGACCAAUGGCGUAGAGACCGUCGCCGAAGAGAAGAAGGAGAAAAAGUCCAAAAAGGCGAAGAAGGCAAAGGACGAGGCUGCGCCGGCGGCGGCGGCACCCGCUGUCGAAGAAGCAGCUGAGCCAGCAGCCCAAGAAGAAGAGACGCCCGCCGAGGGAGGAAAGAGGGAAAAGUACAUUGUCUUUGUCGGAAACCUCCCCUACACAGCAAACAAGGACUCCAUCAACGCCCACUUCGCCGCCUACAAGCCCUCCUCCGUCCGCUGCCUCCACAAGGACGGCAACCCCACCGUCUGCCGCGGCAUCGCCUUUCUCGAGUUCUCCAACGGCUCCAACAUGCGCACCUGCCUCGACAAGAUGCACCACACCUCGUUCGACGACGGCCUCUCGCCCGCGCGCCAGAUUAACCUCGAGCUCUCCGCCGGCGGCGGAGGCAAGAGCAAGUUCCGCCAGAGCAAGAUCAAGGAGCGCAACGUCCAGCUCGACGAGAACCGCCACAGACGCAUGCAAAAGGAGGAGGAGUACAAAAAGGAGAGGGCCAAGCAGGGUGGCGCCAACUCCCAGCAGGAGAGCAUCCACCCCAGCCGCCUGGCCAUGAUGUAUCAGUAGACGGACGGACGGAGGGAUGGCAUGUAUGUUGGAUGGUGUAAUUUGGUUGUGUUAGCACGUCAAGGCUGUUGAACAAAAAGGCUGGAUCUGGAUAUAUGUGCCCCCGAGACAAGGUCUGAUCUUGGAUUUCCAGGAGUUGUGGGAUAGAAAAAAGGGGUCGACAGAUGAACCAUUUGAGUCAUUGCAACACUCGGAUCUCACUCGUUCGAUACUCAAGGGC